AUGAUCGCGUUUUCCGACCCGAACUGUUGCGUCAAAUUUUCCUUUCAACGAGCCCUACGACACAAAAGCAAUUUAAGCCCGACAUGCGGAACCACUUGCGCAGGCAGGCCCGUGCUGAAGGAGGCAACGAUCUGGACUGAAAACAUGCAGCAGCACGUCAGAAUCGCAAAUGGACCCAAGGCAUCGACGUAG